AUGAGUUUACUGGGCGCCUAUAAGAAAAAGAGCACUUACGAUGGCUAUGAAUCUUUGCAGUUGGUCGAUAGCGGUAGAGAUAGCUUCAGUACCGGCAGAGGAGGGGGAGGAGGCAGCACACUUGGAGGCCCGGUAGCGGCUUUCCACGGACAGAAGGCCAGCUCAGGAAAGGAGGAAAACUGCAGCACCAUGGACAGCUCAGCUCUUCUUUCUCCAGAUAUGGAUGCUAACUAUGGUGGAGGACUGCUUGAUAUGGUAAAGGGCGGAGCUGGAAAAUUCUUUAGUAACUUCAAAGACAAUCUCAAGGACACACUGAAAGACACAUCCACCAAGGUCAUGCAUCAGGUUUCCACGUACACUAAAGGUGAAUUGGAUAUUGCCUAUAUCACAACACGAAUCAUAGUGAUGACCUACCCAGCCGAGUCGGUGCAGAUUGGCUACCAGAACCAUGUGGAAGACAUCCGAUCCUUCCUCGACGGCCGCCAUGCUGACCACUAUACUGUCUUCAACCUGUCGCAACGCAACUACCGUGGAGCCAAAUUCUCCAACAGGGUUUCAGAGUGUAAUUGGCCUGCUCGCCAGGCUCCCAGCCUCCACAACCUCUUUGCUGUAUGUAAGAACAUGCACAACUGGCUCAAACAGAACCCCAAGAAUGUGUGUGUCAUCACCUGCUCGGAUGGGCGUGCUCCUUCAGGUGUUUUGGUGUGUGCCAUGUUUUGCUUCUGCCACCUCUUCAAUAAUCCAGUUCCUGCCAUGCAACUCCUCAGCGCUAAGAGACCAGGCUCGGGCCUUUGGCCGUCACACCGCAGGUACAUUGGGUAUGUGUGUAGCAUGGUUUCAGAGAAGCCCAGUCUACCCCACAGCAAGCCUCUGAUUAUCAAGGCUCUCACCAUGAGUCCAGUUCCCUGCUUCAACAAGCAACGGAGUGGCUGUCGGCCUUUCUGUGAUGUUCUCAUUGGAGAGACAAAAAUCUUUACCACGGCGCAGGAGUAUGAAAGAAUGAGAGAGCACAGAGUUCAAGAGGGGAAAGUGGUUUUUCCUCUGGGCGUCAGCGUACAAGGAGAUGUGGUAGUUUCUGUCUAUCACAUGAGGUCCACUAUUGGGGGACGUCUGCAAGCCAAGGUGUCCAACACACAAAUAUUCCAGAUCCAGUUUCACACUGGCUUUAUUGCUCCUGGAACAACUGUGUUAAAAUUUAACAAAGCGGAGCUGGAUGCAUGUGAAUCUCCUGACAAGUAUCCUCAGCUGUUUCAUGUCAUAGUGGACGUGGAGGUCGAGAGCUUAGACAAGCAGAAAGACCUGACGCCACCUUGGGAACAGUUUCCAUCGAAAGACCUAAGUCCCAAUGUACUUUUCACCUGCCAUCAAGAACAUCAGGAUGCACUCGCUAUUGCUGAUGAGAUGGAAGGCUUGGAUUUGGAGGAGCCGAGCAGACCACUUGGAGGCCCUGACAGUCGGGGCCACGGUGAGGAGAGCGAGCCUUCCGACGACGAGAUGCUGUCUUUCUCCAGUCAGCGAAGCAGCAUUAGCACAGCACCCCCGAGAGGGGAUCAGUCUUCUCCCACCCAUGUGGACCCUGAGCCACCUGCAGAAGUAGAUCUCCUCGGCUUGGACGGAGAAGAUAUCAAGCAACCACCUCCAACAACCCAGCCCCCAUCUGCUGCAGCUGCAACUACUGACCUUCUUGGGGACUUUUUGGGGACUCCCCCCCAGCCAACCAGUGGGCCAUCUUCCACCAACUCCACUCCACAUAAAACAGUACCAAGCUCAGCUUCACCAUCUCCAUCCCCUGGCCCACAAGUGUUUGACCCAUUUGGGGCAGGUCCCAUGCCAAAGCCUCAGGAGGUGAUGGGUUCGUUCCUCGGACCAGGUAAUUUGCGGCAUUCAGAUCCAUUCCUGCAUGCCACUUGCACUCCACCACCCACCCUGCAGCCUACAAGUUUUGGUCGGAGUUCUCCCGUAUCAUCUGCUGCCCCAACUGUCAACAUUCAACAGCAAAACAUCAUGGGAGGUUGGGAAUGGAACAGAACUGCCACUACAAGCACAGGAGGAGGCUUGGGAAUGGGCAGUCGAUCAGCCACGACAAGCCCAACCGGUUCGGUCCACAGCACACCAACCCAUCAAACCAAGCCAAACACUCUAGACCCUUUUGCUGACUUAGGCAACCUCGGGGGAAGUCUCGGAGGAGGCUCCGGAUUCUCCAGCAAGCCUACCACACCAACAGGAACAAGCCCUUCCUUUCCUUCAGUGGGCUCCCCAUCGCGGCCUCCACCAUCUCCCCAGCAUGCAGGAGGGUGGCAUCCACACUCAGGAGCUGCCUUCCCAUCAUGGCAGCCUAAUUCUGGCACAGGAGGCUGGCAAGCACAGGGACCCACACCACAGCCCAAGCCGAGCCCUAGCCAUACCGCCAUGCCUCACAAUUCCCCCCAGAACCGACCAAACUACAAUGUUAGUUUCUCUGCAGCUGGUGGUGGAUCACCCAGUGCUGCGAGCAAAGCACAGAUGGGCUCAUGGGGCAAGGCUUCGAAUGCGAACUUUGAUGACCUGCUGUCUGGUCAAGGCUUUGCAGGACCCAAAGAUAAGAAAGGACCAAGAACUAUAGCAGAAAUGAGGAAGGAGGAAAUGGCCAAAGAGAUGGACCCUGAGAAAAUUAAAAUUCUAGAAUGGAUUGAAGGGAAAGAGCGGAACAUCCGAGCGCUCCUGUCCACUAUGCAUACAGUGUUGUGGGAAGGAGAAACCCGCUGGAAGCCUGUUGGAAUGGCUGACCUGGUGACUCCAGAACAAGUCAAAAAGGUCUACCGCAAAGCUGUCCUCGUCGUCCACCCAGACAAGGCAACAGGACAACCCUAUGAACAAUAUGCCAAGAUGAUUUUCAUGGAACUAAAUGAUGCUUGGUCUGAAUUUGAAAGCCAAGGACAAAAACCUCUCUACUGA